CGUCAAAAUUACAGGUUACGAUAUUUUUAAGUAUUGUUGAUAAAUAUUGAAUUGUAAAGGUCUCUCGAUGAUAUCUACUUAUAAAUCAAAAUAAAGUCUGUGAUAAAAGUCUGGUAUAUCAUCAAAUUUCAGUAAUUUCUUUCAGUUUGACAAAUGGACGAGCUUAAAUUAGCCAUCUGCAGACUAUGUUUGGAAAGGAUGUCACCAAACAUACAACAUAGUAGUUUUGAAGAACUUUGUUCGUCACAAAGACUGAGCUUCAUUCUUCCUGAUAAGACUAGUACUUGGGCUUUGAAUCAUCCCAUCUGUACAAAAUGCUUAGAAGAACUUCAAAAAGCCUACGAGUUUAAAGUUAAAUGUCUUGAAAUAGAACAGAAAGUUAGGGGUUACUUAGAUAAUAGCAAUGCUUCUACCGUGGAACUCCAAGAUGUGUUAUUUGCAAAUAAAAGUGAAUGUGAAAGUAACAGAACGAUUUGUCGCUUGUGCUGCAGUAUGAGUAUCGAUGGUUUUACUAAAUUGGAUAUAUUCAAUAAUAAAGCUUUGGGGCAGAUGUUACUGCAAUGUUUACCAGAAGUGGAUAUUGGUUCGACCUAUGAUCCGAAGAUUUGCAAGACCUGCUUCGAGAACCUCAAACAACAACACAUGUUCACUCUAAAAUGCCUGAGAGUUGAAGAAAAAAUAUCCGAAUACCUUGCUCAGCAAGGAAGUUGCAUUGAAGAGGUUGAUCCGAUGAAAAUGCUGCAGUGUCUCGCCCAAAACCCAUCCACUCAGAUUGAAGCAGUGGUUUUAAAGAUGGAAUCUGAGAUAAAGGAGGAAACCGUGAUGGAAGGUGUGGAAUCUGUUGAUGGCGAAUAUUCCCCUCAACCCAAAUUAAACUCAGUCCAAACCAAUAUCCAAAUGAAUUCCGUUACUGUGAUUCCUCCGACACGACUAUACUCUUGUAAAAAGUGUUCCUUUAGUGCAGCGAGCGAUGCGGAAGUAAAGUACCAUUUCGUCGAGGCACACAACAGUAAUGGAAAGCUUUCCUUGUAUGAAUGUGAUUCUUGUUCUUUCGUUACAAGACAUUGGAAUGUCUGGAGCAACCACAAGCUGAUUCAUCUGAGCGAGGAUCAGAUAGUGUGGUUAAAUUGUGAAAAGUGUACGUACAGAAGUAAGCUUAAAGGUAAUCUGGAGAAACAUAUGUUGACCCACAGUUCUUCUGAAGAAAAAAGAUUUAAAUGCCAAGAGUGCCCUUAUCAGUCGAUGUGGAAAAGAGACUUAGAACGCCAUCUAGUGAAGCACCAGGAACCAGACCAAGUGACCAAGUACGGUUGUCAUUUGUGCUCUUUUUCUACCAAACACCAGCGCUACCUCAAGUUUCACGUGCAAAAGGUACACGUUGGCGAAGAAAGAGGUGACGAAAUCUUCUAUUGCGCUCAGUGUAACUUCACUACUAGGCAGAAACGCAGCCUCGUCCCACAUAUGCUUACCCACCGUAAUCCCGAUGAACUAGUGACGUACCGUUGCCAGUUCUGCCCUUAUGAGGCCAAGUGGAAAAAGAGCGUCAAAAUGCACGAAGAAAUUCACAUAAAGACCUUCAGCUGCGAUCUGUGCGAUUUCGUGACAAAACAAAAACGGUUCCUCAAGGAACACAUCCGGGGCCACGAGCCCCUCGAAAAGCCGGUAAUCUACACAUGUGGUGAGUGUGAAUUCAAAACGAUCUACAAGCACAGCAUCGUCAAACAUGGGCUGAUUCAUAAAAAACCCGAGGAAGUUACUAUGCACUGUUGCCAGCAGUGUGAAUACAAAUCGAAGAGGUCGCAGGACCUCAGGCAGCAUAUUUUAGCCAUUCACACGGAAGACGCGACGAUUUACGAAUGCGAUGAAUGUCAGUACAAAACGAAAUACAGAGGUGGAUUACGUACCCAUAAGAAUCUACAGCACAAAAAUCCAGACGAGGUGAAGAAAUUCCGAUGCCCGGUCUGCCCUUUCGAAACCAAGUACAAAUCUAGCCUACUCUCCCAUGAAGAAGCCCUCCAUAAAAAAUUCGACGAAGCUUCGCUGUUGAAAUGCCCGCUAUGUUGCUUCAAAACGAAGCGACGGGAAUGCUUGACCAAGCAUAGCGUCGUUCACGAGACGAACGGUGAAAGAUUCCAAUGCUACGAUUGCGGUUUCGAGACAAAGUAUAAAAGGGCGCUACGGAGGCACGUAAUGGGUCACAAGCCGGAAAGAUGGAACACCAAAAGGGCCGUGAAACAAGUGAAGGAUUUCGAAGAAAUCAAAAUCGAAGCGAUAGAACUGUGUUUAGAUAAUUGAAUUUCGACUGGGAUUCGGUUAUUGGUAGUUGUUGGUGGUGUAUUUUACGUGUCAGUGACAACCUUGACAGGCCCUCAUUCUUCUUUUUUGAUAGUUAUAGCGGCCCUAGCUACAGGUGAAUUUAACGAACUGGUUUGGUUUGAGGAAAUAUAUAUUUUGGAAAGAUAAUCAUUUAAGUAUGUGGAAAAAAUUUAUAUGUCAUCAAACCCUGAAAUGUAUCUUCGAAUAGAGGUAGAUGGGAAAUUUGCAAUACUUUUACUUUACAGCUACAUGAUUUAUUUGAUAUUUUUUUAAUGAUUGUAAUUAUUUUUGUAUACACGCAAUUUUUCAAUUGUUUCAACGAUGAUGAGUUGGAGAUUUUCUAUUGAACAACCUUUUCAGAAUUUUGGUGGACUGUGCUCUUUAUAUAAUGUUACAUGAAAAUAUUUUAAUUGUGACAA